UCUCUCUCUCUCUCUCUCCAGGUUUAACGGGGAGGUUUAGCUCGAUCUCGGAGUGAAUCGGGCAGCAGAUGCCAUCACCUGUCGCGGGGCUGCACACUGGUGCGAGAGCGCGCACGCGAAAGGCUGUCCUCAAGCUAUAAUUCAGAUACCGCCGCUGACAGAUUUAACCUGCACUAUGUUUUCCGGUGUUUUUUACAUUUAUCUGCUCUUCUCAUCUCCUUCGAGGGGUGUUUCACACCUUCCUGCGUCUCACUGAAACAUACUCUGAUCCAGAAUGGAGACAUUAAACCAAUCCAGCAUGGUGGGGACAAUCCCAGGGGAUUAUAACUCCUCCUCCUCCUUUGGACUGGGGUUUUCAGGAAGUCCAGUUGGGAAUUACACUGGCAAUGUGUCCGAUCAGAGCAUGCCUUUUCAAGGGAGCAGCACGAUGGUUACUGCGGUCAUAUCAUUCACCGUGUUCAUCGUUGGACUUACUGGCAACACUCUGGCUAUCUACGUAGUUUUGCGCUAUGCUAAAAUGAAAACAGUUACAAACAUAUACAUUUUAAACUUGGCCGUGGCCGAUGAGCUGUAUAUUUUGGGCCUUCCGUUCCUUACGACGCAAAACGUACUAUCCUACUGGCCAUUUGGCUCAUUCCUGUGUCGCGUCGUCAUGACGGCAGACUCGUUAAAUCAAUUCACAAGCAUCUUCUGUUUGACAGUGAUGAGUAUUGAUCGCUAUUUAGCAGUAGUGCAUCCUAUCCGGUCCACUAGGUGGCGCCGACCACGAGUAGCUAAAGCUGUUAGCGCAGCGGUGUGGGCGUUUUCCUUCAUCGUCGUUCUCCCCGUGGUGAUAUUCUCUGACGUUCAGGACAUGUUUAACUCAUGCAACAUGAGUUGGCCGGAACCACGAGACAUUUGGUCGACGGCAUUCAUACUUUACACCGCCACGCUCGGAUUCUUCGGCCCCCUGCUGGUCAUCUGCAUGUGUUACCUGCUCAUUGUAGUCAAGGUGAAGUCGUCCGGUGCACGGGCUGGAUUUACGAAGCGUAGACGCUCUGAGCGGAAGGUGACCCGCAUGGUGGUGGUGAUCGUGGUGGUGUUUGUCCUCUGCUGGCUGCCGUUCUACAUCAUCAACAUCGUAAACCUGGUGUUCAUACUCCCGGAGAACAGCGUGAUGGCAGGGGUGUAUUUUUUUGCCGUUAUCCUGUCGUAUGCAAACAGCUGCGCCAAUCCGCUGCUCUAUGGGUUCUUGUCCGACAACUUCAAGCAGAGCUUCCGGAAGGUGCUGUGUGUGCGCAAGGCAAACGGCGUGGAGGAUGGCGAUCCCAGUGUCCCACGGACGGAGAAAACGACGACCCACGAUACCUUCCUGACACCUCGGAACAAUGACUUUAAUGGACACGUACAGGGCAGCCAGGAUCUGCAGUUACAGUCUUGCAUGAGCGCGUCUGAGAAGCCUCAGCCUGCAAGACCCCAGAUCAUUGGCCAGUCCACUCUCUAAACGCUGUUUCUCUCUGUCUGUCGUUUCCAUCUUUAUUUCGUCUCCUUUCCUGUGCUCUCUUGUCUUAUCGUCUCUGCGUUCAUCCCUUCAAUUUGUCUGUCUGUCCGCCUGUCUCUUCUUCUGGCUUUUUGUGGAAGUGUGGCCUGAGCCUCAAGCCACGCCCCUGAACGUGCCAGUGACUCCGCCCUCCCGUGCAGCAGAGCUCAGCCUCCACCCGGUGCCCACUGUCUCCACGCCCAGCUCCAGCCGUGACCUGUGACCCCGGCGGGUCGUGAGGGCCCAUCCGAACAAUGCCAGGAUACUUUGAUUUGGGUGGAGGGUGCAGUGUGUGCUGGAAACACCAGGGUCUUCAUGCACAUGGAAACCUGGAAAUGUCAGGAAUUUUAAAGCGGCCUGGAAAAUUCUAUGUUGAAUUUUAAUGCUUUAAAAUAUUUAAUCAGUUAAGAAGCACUAUUUGUGAAUUUGUAAACACUAUUAAAAACCUUGAGUCUGAGGCCACCAGUGAAAAUCUUCUUAUUUUUAGAAUUUAAUAAAAUCCCUUCAACAUAAAUAUAAUAUUAGCAAAACAAUUUUCAAGUUUUUCUUUAAUGAUUAAGUGCAGAGCCUAACUUUCAGCAUGACCUAAAAAGGAAUAAUGCAGGGUCUGAAAUCUCAUAAAUGUCACUUUGAAAACAAAACUUUUUAUUUUCUGGUUUAAAUUACAUUUUGAAUCCAAGAUUUUCAACGUGGUCUCAGACUUUUGGGCCUAACUUUUAAGAAAGGAUGAAAAAGAAACAGGAGAGGGAUUAAGAAGAGAGACAGGACUUCAGGUGCAAGUGAAGGGGAUUGAAGGAGAUGAUGAAUGUUGGUAUAUUGCUUUUCACUCACACACACACACACACACACACACACACACACACACACACACACACACACACACACACACACACACACACACAGUCUUUAAAAUAGAAACAUUCAAUCAAUUUUCCUGCAUUAAACACAAAGUAACCUUUUCUCUUUCUCCUCUACAAUCAAAUGAUUGAUAUGAAGUGAACAAAAAAGAAACAAACACACACAGAAAAUUUAUUAUAAUUACCUGCUACAGCUGAUUGCGAAAAACUUUGCAUAUCCCAGUGUCCUUCACAACCACAGACUAUUAUGCUGUGUUCCUCAGCAGUCGAAACUUGGAAAAUUGCAGUAGAACUCCCAGAAGGUUGAUGUAAUACUUGGAAACUCAUUCUAAUAUGAUCGGCACCCAGUUAUCAUUAAUAUUCCCUUUUAAACAGAUCAAAAUGAUUCCAACUAAAAGGUAAAACCAGUUUACCAAAUCAGCAGGGUUAUUAGUGCUAAAAAAAAUAAAAAAAACAUACAAAUCGUGUUUUCUUGAAAUAAUGUUAUUGCAAAGGCAAAAUUUCUCAUUUUCAUUUAGUUUGAGUUGAAGUACUAAUAUAUAACUAAACAGAAGCUUAAAGAACUUAAAGUUAAUAAUGUAAUAACUUAAUUAUAUAGACGUUUUUAAAAUAAAAAUGACCAAAAACACAUCUAAAUACUCAAACUUAAAAUGAAAACAGAAAAUGAAUCUAACUCAAAAUGUUACGAGAAACUAUAAAAGUAUAUCAGUGAUACUAAAGGUUUUCAGAGAGAGAUGUGUGUAAAACACGGUAAAUAAUUCUCUCUGUUAAUCUCUGCCAAAUGAACUGAAGAGCAUCUUUUUUUUUAUUUAUUUUUUUUUGUCAAAAUUUGGUUGCAGUAUGUAGAUCAAAGUUUUUAAUUGACAAGAACAUCUGCAAGGCAAACUAGUUGUUUUUUAGAUAUCUUCUUCCGGACGUCAGCAGCUCAACACCGUUAUGGUUGGACGUAUAAAGUGAAUGGACAGAGCGUUGACCCUCGACACACUGAGAGCGCCUCUUCUCUGGGCAGAAACUUCCCUUUCUUCAUCUGGGGACUUGCACUGAAAGGUAUAAUGAGAAGUGAAAGAUUGCUUCUGGAUGUCAGGAUCUUAGCCAACUGAACUUUUUCACAUGUCAGAGGGGAUGGGAAUCUGUGGAAACUGGGAUUUUAAAGUACUUUAGGGUGUGGUGUUCAAUGGUUGUCGAGUAUGAGGGUCAAGAUAGCGUUUCCUGAUCCGUAUCGACGUGUUUAAACGUUCCUCUGCUCUCUGCCAAAUGUAGCAAAGUGCCUUUUCUUGUCCCAGAUCAAACUAUCAGACAUUUGAAAAUGUGAGGCGUCGGUGGAGGCCUUAGAGACACAACCUGUUCUUUGCUUUCUUUGUUGCUUAGCGUCUUCCCAAAUCCUUUACUGGUGAGGGUUAUUUCCGUUCAUAUGCUUCAUUGUUAAGUGUAAUGUAUGUAUUCAUACGGUUUAUAUUUAAGAACACUUCUUGACAUAAUGUCACCAUGUAAUGAUAUUGUAAAGUGUAAUGGAAACCACACCAACAAACAUUAUCAUUGCCUUUCUUAAGUCAUUUCUAUUGAUGUUUGAUGUACAAAUGGUCUCAUUUGCAGAAAACAAAAAAGAAAAAAUGGUCUGGGAUGGAUGAACCCAUCCAGUGUUUGCAGCCACCCUUCCUGUACGUUUCAAGAAAUGGCUUCAAUGCUACAAAGAUCUUCCUUGUGCAACAGCGUUUAAGUGUUCUGCGUGUCGGCAUGUGUAUUUAGCUGUUCAUAAAAGCUAUAAAGAAUGUGCAUUGCUCUAUUAAUGCUAAAUGUGCCUCUGAUAUAAACUUUGAUGACACUCAUAAUUCAGCAGGCAUAUUUUAGGCUUGUCCGUGUCAGUCAGCAAGCUUUAUGAUCAAUACUUAAGAUUCUUCUAUUAAACCCAAAGACUUGUUUGAUUCUAGACUUGUUAGGCACGUGUCGGCGGUGCCUUCGAACUGUGAAUGACGCAUUAACAAGUUACUCUGUGCUGAAGAGAUGCUGAGCAAAUGUCGUGUUCUGCAGUGUUUCUGGUAUUAAUAUUACUUUUUAAUGAUUACUCGCUUUUUAUUAUUCAUUUGUUUCGUGAUUCUUAUCAGGAACCUGUGUAAGAAAAUGUUUAGAAAUUUUUUUUUUAAUUGGAGAUAUAUAAAAUAUACAGUUUCCUGAAAGAGACCCUUCAGAUCAUAUAUUGCACUUGUUAAUACUUAAUAUCAGAAAUUAUAUACUGAUGGCAUAUUGCUGACAUUAAGAGUGCGCUUGAAUAGCUGAUGCCAUUAUUACUUAUGAAAUCAAUCACCAGACCUCAUUAAGUGAGAAUCAAAAUAUUUAAGUUGUACAUAUACUAUGUUUUUGUCUAAAUAAAACAGUGUAUUCAUUAGCCAUUUGCUCUUGGUUUUUCUUUCAUUCUCUAGUGUUUUUCAGUGUUUUUAGCCCUCUGAAAUCUGAGUUGCAUUCAGGUGACACUGUACCAUUAGAGACUUUUGAGUUUUGUCAGGCAUUGUUUCUGCUACUCAAGUAUUUUAACAAUAUACAUCUUUAAUUAGCAAUAACCAGACCAGACUUGAAUGGCCCUACCGUUAAGGAGGUCUGUAAUAUCUGGAGAGAGUUAGUCCAGAUAUUAGAAAGUCCAGAAAAUGUUAGCAUUUUCCAUUCAUCUCAAUGACAGUUGCUUGGCUUGCGCAGGACCCCCUUGAAGCAUGCAAUUUAAAAUCCCAAGAUGACAUAACCUUUUGAGCCUGUAUAUCAUGUCAUGUGACUAAUCAAUCUUUAUAUACAGUCCUAAACCUUCAUGAGCGAAAGUACAUACACAUCUGCUUCAAGAGAAUACAAAAUGUCAUAUGAUCAGUCUUUGAAUUUUUGCUGGUUAUUAUUGGGUCCUUCACACUUGAUGAAAAACGUGGUUCUCUCCAAUUUUAAUUAUUAGCUGCUAAGACAUGAAAAUAUUCAAUAAAUGACUAAAAUCCAAUGGUGUUGUACAGGCCCCAAUGCAAAAACCAUUAAUUCAGGGCCUAAAUAUCCUUUUCCUUCACUUUGACGAACUAUGAAAAUGUAACACUGUAAUUUUGUGUUUACAGUCUCAACCAGCUUUAGUGGUCUCAAGGUAUCUUUUCAUUAACAAUAAAAAGUUCAAUAUC